AUGGACCCGUUCCACGGCAUACUCAUCGCGGCGGCCAUCCUCGUGCUGUUCCUCAUCUUCGUCGUCUUCCCGCUCAGCUUCCUCCGCUACUACUACUUCAGCACCGGCGCCGCCGAGGUGCCCGCGCCGAGGGGCGUCGGCCCGGAGCUGCUGGGCUCGCUGCCGGUCACGAUGUACCGCACGGCGGACCACGUCGGGGUGGUGGAGUGCGCGGUGUGCCUGGCCGGGCUCCAGGACGGGGAGCAGGCGAGGUUCCUGCCCCGCUGCGGCCACGGGUUCCACGCCGGGUGCGUCGACACAUGGCUGGCGUCCCGAUCCACUUGCCCGCUCUGCCGGGUCACCGUCGACGGCAAGCCCGACGCGCUUACGCCGACGAGUCCCCCUCCCGUCGGGAACCUGCCGGCGAGGUGA